GCUCGCGCCCGCGCCCGCGCCCGCGCCCUCGCCCGCGCCCGCAUCCGCGUCGCUCCCGGAGGGGCACUGCGACGGCGGGCGGCAUGGAGUCCCGCGCAGCGGGGUGAGGUGCGGGGCCAUGGCCGCAGAGCCCGCGCCUUCGGCCGAGCAGUUCCGCGCGGAGAUCGAGCGUCUGAGCCGCGAGCUGAGCGAGACGACGCACGAGAAGCUGCAGGCGGCCGAGUACGGGCUGGUGGUGCUGGAGGAGAAGCUGACACUCAAGCAGCAGUACGACGAGCUGGAGGCCGAGCGCGACGCGCUGAGGCGGGAGCUGGAGCAGCUGCGCGAGGCCUUUGGCCAGUCCUUUUCCGUGCACCGGAAGGUGGCUGAGGAUGGGGAGACACGCGAGGAGACGCUGCUGCAGGAGUCGGCGUCCAAGGAGGCCUACUAUCUGGGAAAGAUCCUGGCUGGCCAGAGUGAGCUCCGGCAGAGCCGCGCCGCCCUUGCCAACGCCCAGGCCGAGAAUGAGCGGCUAGGGGCCUUGCUGCAGGACCUCAAGGAGAGCAGUGAGAUGGCAGAGCUGCAGAGGACCCGCAUGAAGGAUGAGAUCCGAGAGUACAAGUUCCGGGAGGCGCGGCUGCUGCAGGACUACACGGAGCUGGAGGAGGAGAACAUCACGCUGCAGAAGCUUGUGUCCACUCUCAAGCAGAACCAGGUGGAGUACGAGGGCCUGAAGCACGAGAUCAAGCGCCUGGAGGAGGACGCGGCCCUGCUGCACAGCCAGCUGGAGGACGCGCUGCGGCUGAAGGAGAUCGCAGAGCACCAGCUGGAGGAGGCAUUGGAGACGCUCAAGAACGAGCGUGAGCAGAAGCUGAGCCUGCGCAAGGAGCUGGCGCACUACACAGCCCUGGGCGAGGGCCACCUCAGCAUGGCGGUGGACGGGCUCCGCUUCCCCGAUGACGGGCCCGAGCCCAACAACGACGACAAGGUCAAUGGCCACCUGCAUGGGCCACUGGCCAAGCUGGGCAAUGACUUCCGCGGCCCAGGGCUGCGCAAGGGCGACGGUCUGCACCCUGUGUCCGACCUGUUCAGUGAGCUCAACAUCUCUGAGAUCCAGAAGCUCAAGCAGCAGCUUGUGCAGGUGGAGCGAGAGAAGGCCUCGCUGCUGGCCAGCCUACAGGAAUCGCAGACGCAGCUGGAGCACACCAAGGGCGCACUGACGGAGCAGCACCAGCGGGUGCACCGGCUCACGGAGCACGUCAAUGCCAUGCGUGGCCUGCAGCCUGGAGAGCACGGCCCCGAGCCGGGAGAGGCCCACGACUACGAGGUGGACAUCCAUGGUAUGGAGAUCCUGGAGUGCAAGUACCGUGUGGCCGUGACGGAAGUGAUUGACCUUAAGGCCGAGGUGAAGGCCCUGAAGGAGAAGUACAACCAGGCGGUGGAGAGCCGGGAGGAGGAGCGUGGCCAGUACGAGAGCCGCUUGCAGUGCUGUGGGGAGCAGCUAGGCAGCCUGGAGCGCAGUGCGCGAGAGAGCGGGGAGCGGGCGGCCGGGCUGGAGCGGGAGCUGCAGCGGGUGGCCGGGCUGGCCAGCGAGAGCAAUGGCACACUUAGCGCCGCCCAGGACGAGCUGGUGACCUUCAGCGAGGAGCUGGCGCAGCUCUACCACCACGUGUGCCUGUGCAACAACGAGACGCCUAACCGGGUGAUGCUGGACUACUACCGCCAGAGUCGUGGCCUCAAGGGCCCCGAUGACCCCCGUGGCCUGCUAUCCCCCCGCCUGGCCCGGCGCGGCACCGCCUCCCCACCCGUGGACGCCAGGACCUUGGUCCCCGAGCCUCCCUCUGAGCGCCCUGCCGGCCAGGACCCGGAGCCCAGCCCUGCCAAGACGCCCACGGUGUCCCCGGUCAUCACCGCCCCGCCUUCCUCGCCGGUGCUGGACGGCAGCGACCUGCGCAAGGAGCCCAUGAACAUCUACAACCUGAACGCCAUCAUCCGGGACCAGAUCAGGCACCUGCAGAAGGCGGUGGACCGGUCCUUGCAGCUGUCGCGUCAGCGGGCAGCCGCCCGGGAGCUGGCCCCUGCUCUGGACAAGGACAAGGAGGGCCUGUUGGAGGAGAUCCUCAAGCUCAAGGCUCUGCUCAGCACCAAACGCGAGCAGAUCGCCACGCUGCGCGCAGUGCUCAAGGCCAACAAGCAGACAGCAGAGGUGGCGCUGGCCAACCUCAAGAACAAGUAUGAGAACGAGAAGGCGAUGGUGACGGAGACGAUGACAAAGCUAAGGAACGAGCUGAAGGCCCUGAAGGAAGACGCAGCCACCUUCUCCUCCCUGAGGGCCAUGUUCGCCACCAGGUGUGACGAGUAUGUGACGCAGCUGGAUGAGAUGCAGCGGCAGCUGGCCGCCGCAGAGGAUGAGAAGAAAACGCUCAACACGCUGCUGCGCAUGGCCAUUCAACAGAAGCUGGCCCUCACGCAGCGGCUGGAGGACUUGGAGUUCGACCAUGAGCAGGCACGCCGCGGCAAAGGCAAGGCCGGCCGCAGCAGGCUCGGCAGCCCCAAAGUAAGUGGGGUGGCGCCUGCCCGCGCCCCCCCCAUAGACACCUCCCCCUGGCACCGCGGCCUGGGUCCCCAGAUGCCUGUCACGCUCGCCCUGCCCGCCGCCGGGGCCCCUCACCCGAGAAGACCAUUUUCACCUUCCCUUUGUGGUCAGAGCCCGCCCAGGACGCCAGGGGCCUCCGACCUCCAGAGUUUAUUAAGAGUCCCCCCCGACCCCACCUCCACAGCCUCCUUGCUCCUGAGGGCCCCCCCUUCCAUGAGUGAAUUCCUGCGAGAGCACCGGCUCAGCAAGGAAAAAAGGUUAACCGUGGCCACUCCAGAUUGUCAGCAGCCUGCUGCCUCCCUACCGGCACAGCACCCACAGCUAGCCCGGAGGCCCCUGAGCCCAACUGCCAGUCCUGACCUCGCGUCCCUGGAGCAGCCUACUGAGGAGCCCCCCGCCGGCCCACCCUGCGCCCCGCUGCACUGCCUCGCCAAGCCUCCGCCCCCCUAGGGCUACCUCCUGAGGGUAACAGGCUGAUACUGCCCAGGGCUCCAGCUCUGGGAUCAGAGGACAGAGAACAGAGUAUGUGAUGAGUGGCACCAAGGUUCAACUUAGAGGGGGACCUUGGGGGGGUCCCCUCCCUGGACCAGCCCAACAGCCACACCAGAUAUCAGUUCCCACGUUUAUUCUGUCCUCGGUCAUGUGGAGGGACUGUCACCCCUCCUGGCUCCUGCACAGAGUGUGUCCCCAUCGGUCUGGGCCUGGACCUCUGCUCCUGAGCCAGGGGGGCUGGGGAUCACUUGGUGGCUUCUGUUGGACACCCUCUCCCACUGGGAGACUCCACCAAAUGCUCCUGGUGAAUCUGAGAGAGGACAGUGAUCGCCCACCAUGUCCCUCCAUGUCCAGAGACAAACGCUGGUGCUUGUGUGUGUGUGUGUGUGUGUGUGUGUGUGUGUGUGUGUGUACGUGUGUGAGCCACUACAAUGGGAGGGGGACCGGAAUGUCCCCAUAGUGGCAGGGCUUCACUCUCCUGUCCCUUAUUCCCUUCUGCUGAGUGCGUCCAGCCCUAGGGAAUGGACGUCAAGUCAGCCUUGGGGAGGUGUCCCCAGACUGCUGACCUGCUGUUGCUAGGUUGUUUUAUUUUAUUUUAUUUUCAUAAUGAACCUCCUUUGCACAAAGACAAAUCAACCCAAUAGCUACUGUCCAUCAUGGCUCUGUCCUCACCACUGUGGACAGGCAUGCAGGUGCCACCACUGUCAGCUGAGAGAACCCCCCCAUCCAUGUUCUUCCUCCUUCCUCUGAGUGUCCACCUGCCAUGUCCAAUGUCCUGUCCAGUCAGUGGCCUCAGCUCGUGGGAGUGGACCUAUCUUUUCUGGAAGCCGUUGUGCUCCACACAGGCCCAACGUGGCACAGAGCAGCUGCCCAGGGGCCUGGCCUUCUCAUGAAGCCCUGGGGUCCCUGCUUGUCCCCCCAGCAGUUAACUCUAAGCACACGGCCGACCCAGCAGUCAGCACACAUGCACUCACAUGCAUGUGCCUGUGCAUGUGAGCGUGUGUCACUGGGAAGGAGCAGCUGCUGCACGGGGGCACCAGGCCUCAGGAGGAGGAACUCCCUCAGGAAGACUCAGGCUCAGAGGACAAAAGCCAGCAGCAGAAGUGCCACAUAGGUCAUGGGCAGAGGCUGAGAAACGGCCAUGAUCAUGGUCAUGGUGAAAGAGGUCGGCAGAGUAGCUGGGCUGUGUUUGCAAGAAAGCACAAUUACUGCGUUGAAAUAGAAAACAGAGUCCACAGGCAGACACGCCUUCCCUUCCUGUGGGAGAGCAUCCUCAGUCAAACACUAAGAGUGGGAGGAGCAGUAAGUUGCAUCUGGACCAAGCACACCGAGGUGUAUGGGACACCACCCCUCACACAAAUCCUUCCUAAUCCUGACUCUCUAGGCCCCAUUCACACCUCUUAUCCUGUGUCCGUAUAGGAGUCUGGAGAACUCUGAGGAAAACAGCUAUUAUGUGAGAAAAGACUUAAUGAGAACGAUGCUACUUUAGUCAAGGAGUCAUGGGGAGGGGGGAUCAUGGAGAAAAGGGACUUUCUCAAUCUACAGUUCCAGCUCCAGAUGCCAGUGUUAGAACCUGGCCAAAGAACCCAGCUCUCAGAGAUUCCCUAACCAUGGCAAGUCGUUGAGUAGUGGACGUGAGGAAGACACAUGUUUACGCCUUGAAUGCUGGGUGUCCGGUGAAGAUGAGCACCUUAGCCAUACCGCGUGGCGCCUGCUGGGCUCAUGGCUCUGAGGUGCUCCUCCGCUUUUCUGUCUGGCUUGUGGGGCCAGUUGGCCAGCUAGUCAAGAAGCAGCCUCUCUCUGGAGAGCAGGAUGCAGUCUUCACUCCCCCAGGGUAUUUGGGAGGAGCAAAACAAAACAGGGCUGUCCAGUUGGUUUCCAUUGCUGUCAUCUUUAACUUCCUGCAGAAUGUAGAGACUUUGUUAUAAAAAGCCGAAGCGGCCGGAGCUGCAGAAGCAGCCAUGCUGGGUGAUCUUCAGGGAUGGAAAGGGAAGAACAGGGAGGUCUUUCUCUCUCUCCCUCCCUCUCCCUCUCUUUUUUCCUCUCCCUCUCUCUCUGUCUCCCUGCUGAGGGGACUGCUCCUGUGAGCUCGGGCCUGGCAUUCUGCUCCACAGGACUGAGAGGGAGACUGCCCAAGACUGCCACCAUCUUCUUCAAGCUGGGAUAUGGAUUCUUGUUUUGAGUUGUUCUAAAGUCUUGGGAGAGAGGGUAGUUCCCAGUGGGGACUUAGCCCACAGGUGCCCCAGGUUCAGGGAUGCAGAGAAAGCCAGGGAUCACUCACCUGAAAGGCCCUCUUAGGAGAAUCAUGACUUUAAAAGAAAACAAAGUCCCCCUGGGGUUCUUGGUGGGUUGGUUGGUUUGUAUAUUGAUUUUGAAUAAGCUUUGUUUGAGAUGACAAAAAGAAAAAUACAAGAAGCUGGUCUCCCAUACAGGGGCUGAGACUGUUCCAGAAGCCUUGGGGUGGGGGGCACUGCUGCUGUGCUGCUGGGAUCAGUGCUGUCACGACACCCAAGUGAACCCCUCGGGACACAGCCCUCCGCAACCGCUGCCCUCCCUUGGCCUAAGCUGGGCCCUGGCGAAGCCCUUCCCUCUGGCCCUUCCCCCACCCUGUCUUCACUCAGUGCUCCCCAGGUGCUCAAGAGUUGAGGUGCACCCCUGGAGGAUCUGCAGGUGUCACAGUCAGCUGAGGAAGGAUGGCAGAGUGCUCCACCUGUGUCCCCGUUCUGUGACAGCCGCUGGGAUGUCACCCAAUUCCCCCCCCCUUUGCCUGUGUAACUGCGUGGUUUGCUGAUUCAAAUAAAGACCAGAGCCAGUAAGAAGCAGGCACCUUCCCCCCUUUUGAUGCCUGAGCCAGAGCUGCUACAGAGGCAGAGCAAGGUGCCAGUCGUCCAGCCAUAGCGAAGUUGGAGGGCUCUGGCACGUUUUCCACAUGGCUGUGAAGCCCAGUGGUGACUAUUGGCACCCAGGGAACAACUGGGAAACCUGUGUGUGACAUUGCUGUCACCUGGGGGUUCAAUUGCACCAUCAAGACAGGCCACAUUUGACCUCCCUCCAUGUCACCGUCUGUUCCUUGUCCAGCGACCCCGCUGUCCUGUCCUUGUCCUAUCCUGUCCUUGGCGCUCCCCUCCUGGGGCCACAGUGUCAAGUGUCCCCUCCCUAAGAUCCAUCAUAUGGAAACAGCUUUCCUAAAGACCCUUCGGUUGCCGGUUAUUUUCUAAAAGUCCAAUAUCGAAGGAAAUGUGUUCUCUAGGACAUCGGCAUCUCCUGUAAAUGCAGGGUUGUUUUUUUUUUUUUUUUUUAACUUCUGGCUGCUUGUUCUUUGAGCUUGUCCCAUUGCAGACGGUUCUGGGUGUGUGUCUCUUGGGAAGCUUGAGUGUGCUGGCAUUGGAAUAAGGGGGCUCUAGGGACGCCAGGGGCCACUGGACCAGCGGGCAUGUCUCAGCCUGCCUACCGGCUGAAUGAGGUGUAAUACAUAACUUCCCUGGAAAUAAACUGGGUGUUGUUUUUU